GCGCAACGCCGCUGGCCCUGGGAGUCGGCUCCCGCUCCUCCCCUCCCGGGCCUAGAGCCGCCCCCAGGCCGAGCCCGGAGACGGGGCUGCAGCUGCUGCCGCAUCCCGGCCCAACCUUUCCCACCAUCCCUCCUUCUGCCCUGGCUGGACAUCUGGACUCUGGGCCCCGCACCACCAGGGUUCCGGAAACCCUCCCCGCCCAACUACGCGGCCUGGCCCCGCACGGCCCUGCCUCCAGAGCCCCCAGCCCUCCUCCACACCCGACUUGCGUCCACUCCUGGACCCCAGCUCCGCAUCCCCUCCUCGCCCCUCCCCCAGCCUGGACCCCGGUGGGAGAGAGGAGGGGUGUGCGCCCAGCGCCGUCCCCGCCCCGCCCCCCGUGAUUCCUCCUGUAUGGCCGGCCCGGGUGGGGGGUGCGGGGGGCCCCGGGCGCCAUGCGGGGGGGGCACAAAGGGGGUCGCUGUGCCUGUCCCCGUGUGAUUCGAAAAGUGCUGGCAAAAUGCGGCUGCUGCUUCGCCCGGGGGGGACGUGAAUCCUAUUCCAUUGCUGGUAGUGAGGGGAGUAUAUCGGCUUCUGCUGCCUCGGGUCUAGCUGCCCCCUCGGGCCCCAGCUCUGGCCUCAGCUCUCAUCCUUGUUCCCCUGGCCCCCCAGGGCCAGUCAGUGGCCUGAGAAGAUGGUUGGAUCAUUCCAAACAUUGUCUCAAUGUGGAAACUGAGGCAGACAGUGUUCAAGCAGGACCAUAUGAGAACUGGAUGCUAGAGCCAACUCUAGCCAGAGGAGAGGAACUGCCAGAACUGACUUUGUUGACCACACUGUUGGAGAUCCCUUCAGAUAAGACACAGCCACCCGAAGAGGAGACUUUGUCACAGGCUCCUGAGAAUGAGGAGGAGCAGAAGAAGAAGGCUCUGGAAAGGAGUAUGUAUGUCCUGAGUGAGCUGGUAGAAACAGAGAAAAUGUAUGUGGAUGACUUGGGGCUGAUUGUGGAGGGUUACAUGGCUACCAUGGCGGCUCAAGGGGUCCCUGAGAGUCUUCGAGGUCGUGACAGGAUUGUGUUUGGGAAUAUUCAGCAAAUCUACGAGUGGCACAGAGACUAUUUCCUGCAGGAGCUCCAGCGGUGUUUGAAGGAUCCUGAUUGGUUGGCUCAGCUCUUCAUCAAACAUGAGCGUCGGCUGCACAUGUAUGUGGUGUACUGUCAGAAUAAGCCCAAGUCAGAACAUGUGGUGUCCGAGUUUGGGGACAGCUACUUUGAGGAGCUCAGGCAGCAGCUGGGGCACCGCCUGCAGCUCAAUGACCUCCUCAUCAAACCAGUACAGAGGAUCAUGAAGUACCAGCUGUUGCUCAAGGAUUUCCUCAAGUAUUACCGUAGAGCUGGGAUGGAUACCGAAGAGCUGGAGCAAGCUGUGGAGGUCAUGUGUUUCGUGCCCAAGCGCUGCAAUGAUAUGAUGUCUCUGGGGAGGCUGCGGGGAUUUGAGGGCAAACUGACAGCUCAGGGAAAGCUCUUGGGCCAGGACACUUUCUGGGUCAUAGAGCCUGAGGCUGGGGGUCUACUCUCUUCCCGGGGUCGAGAGAGACGUGUCUUCCUCUUCGAGCAAAUCAUCAUCUUCAGCGAGGCACUGGGAGGAGGAACCCGAGGGGUCACACAGCCUGGCUAUGCUUACAAGAGCAGCAUCAAGGUGAGCUGCCUGGGACUGGAGGGGAACCUCCAAGGUGACCCUUGCCGCUUCGCACUGACUUCCAGAGGGCCGGAGGGUGGGGUCCAACGCUAUGUCCUGCAGGCUUCAGACCCUGCAGUCAGUCAGGCCUGGAUCAAGCAAGUGGCUCAGAUCCUGGAAAGCCAGCGGAACUUUCUCAAUGCAUUGCAGUCACCUAUUGAAUACCAGAGACGGGAGAGCCAGACCAAUAGCCUGGGGCGGCCAGGAGGGCCUGGGGUGGGGAGCCCCUGGAGAAUGCAGCCUGGAGCCCAGGUCAGCACACACACACCCAUCAAUGGCUCUCUCCCUUCCCUGCUGCUGUUGCCCAAAGAGGAGGUAGCCAGAGCCCCCCUGCCUCUGGACACCCAGGCCCUCAGUGAAACCCCCCAGGCUCAUCAUGACUAUCCCCUAGCCCCUCCAACUCCAAACACCCCUCCCUGCCAGGCCAGACUUGCCAAGCUGGAUGAAGAUGAGCUGUGACUGGUGAAGGCUAUGGGGAGGGUACUGAUUCAGCCACUUAUUCUCCAAAGAACUUUCAGGGCAAUCUUUCUGGAGACGCUCCAGAACUCCUUCCUCUUGGCGUGUGUGGAGGGAGGGCAAAGCUUGGAGAGAUAUCAGUGUGGAGUAAAGUACCUAGACCCCAAAGGACUCCUUUCGAACCCAAGGAGUCUAGAACCCUUCAGCUCCACCCUGUGCAUGUAUCAUGGUUCCCUCAAAUGGAGGUUUUGAGGGGGUUGGGAGAGAGGGCUAGGACAAUAAAAAUUACUGGCUUUGGUUUUGAUUUUGUUUUUUCCAGUUUUCUGUGAAUAAAGGUUUUGUUAUAUCA